CUUCGCCAUUUUUAACCAGAAAACUAAACCUUUACGUUUCUCCGUUGAAGCCCAAGAUCGGUUCUUUCCCCCACAUUGAAGCCCAAUUUCGGUGGUCGAUCAGAGUCAAGUUUCUGCUGGGGAUUCCAAAUUUCUCUUCCAAUUUCCAAUUUCCAAAUUCUUUCAUCUGAAUUCAUCAAUCCCAGACAGAUUUUGAUCAUGGUUUUGUCGCAGAAGCUUCACGAGGCCUUCAAAGGAACUGUCGAGAGGAUCACAGGGCCUCGAACCGUCUCCGCUUUCAAAGAGAAAGGCGUUCUCAGUGUCUCUGAGUUCAUCAUCGCCGGUGAUAAUCUCGUCUCCAAAUGUCCCACCUGGUCUUGGGAGUCGGGUGAUCUGAACAAGAGGAAAUCAUACUUGCCCCCAGAUAAACAAUUCUUGAUUACCAGAAAUGUUCCUUGCCUGCGCCGGGCUGCCUCCGUAGAAGAGGAGUAUGAAGCUGCAGGUGGUGAAGUUCUUCUUGAUAACGAAGAUGGUGAUGGUUGGCUGGCAACCCAUGGGAAACCAAAGGAAGAAAAAAGUGACGAAGAGGAAAAUUUGCCUUCCCUGGAAGCUCUUGAAAUCAGCAGGACCAAGGUUGUUAAGUCAAUUCCAAACUAUUUUGGUGGUGAAGAUGAAGAUGAUGUUCCUGACCUGGAUGAUAUUGAAGAAACUGACAAUGUUGUUGGAACUGAUUCAGCGACUCUUCCCACCUACCAAAUUGCCCAUGAACCUGAUGACGAUAAUAUCCUACGAACACGAACUUAUGAUGUCACCAUCACGUAUGAUAAAUAUUAUCAGACACCACGUGUUUGGCUUACAGGAUAUGAUGAGUCAAGGAUGCUCUUACAGCCAGAACUUGUGCUCGAAGAUGUUAGUCAAGAUCAUGCUCGAAAAACAGUGACCAUUGAGGACCAUCCCCACCUACCUGGAAAGCAUGCGUCUGUACAUCCCUGCAGACAUGGGGCAGUGAUGAAAAAGAUCAUUGAUGUGUUAAUGUCCCGAGGUGUAGAACCCGAGGUUCACAAGUAUCUUUUCUUGUUCUUAAAAUUUGUUGCGUCUGUUAUUCCGACUAUCGAAUAUGAUUACACUAUGGACUUCGAUCUUGGUGGCCCUAGCACUCGAUAACUGGGAUUGAUAAGCAUUUGUUUGUUACUCAAAUCCAGCCUGACUCUUUGAAUAUGUUUGAGCGAUGCAGAUCCGGUUAUACAUAUGUGCGGGAUAUUUCACAUCUGAUGUUUCUGCAAAUACAGGCUGACCCUCUGCUCCUUGUACAUACACAACAUGGGGUCUAAAUGGUACCCUCUUUGGAUAUAUUUUGUAUUUUGGAAGUCCAGUCUUGCCAUUGCUUUCUGUCAAGUCUUAGUUUGGGUACAAGAAUCCUUUGUGGUGCUUUGUAACAUAACAUGGAGCUGGCAGUUGCUCCUUCACAGCACAUACUAUUCAAUGGGAAUUUGGUGAUAGAUUGAACUAUUGCAGCAAAAACUCAUUCCUCUUAUUGGGAAAAAGAAGUUGAUUGAAUGCCAUUAUUGCCGCAUACCUUUUGACAA